AUGUCACAUAUCGAAAUCGUCGAACUCCGGAGCUAUUACCCUCCAGGGGUUUCAGAGAUCAUCGUGCUCGGUGGUGGAAGCUUCAUCGGUCUCAUCGAUGAUACCACAGUACUAAAAUAUCCCAACAUCCCCGGCGAUAUUGAAGGCAUCCAUGUCGAGGCUAAACUUCUCGAGGUCCUUGGGAGCCACCCUCGAAUAAUCGCUUCAAAAGGCCUGACCGAACACGGUCUUCUUCUGCAGCGCGCAUCAAAUGGAUCUAUGUACGGUUACAUUUCAUCUCAACCCGUUAUUGCUCUUGAACUCAAGUUGCGUUGGUGCAGACAAGCUGCGGAGGCAGUUGGUUAUAUCCAUCGAAAACAUGUUAUUCACUGUGACAUAAAUUUGAGAAAUCUCUUGCUCGACACAAAUCUUGAUUUAUGGCUUGCAGACUUCCAAGGUAUGCUCAAGUCAUCUGACAACGUUACUUUGCUGGAUGGACUUUUUCGGGAGUGCUCGAAGUCAUAUUCACCUCGUGAUCAUGGAGACUUUGCAUGCGAGAAGACUGAUAUUUUCGCGCUUGGCUCUGCCAUCUCCUUCAUCAUGACAGGACACGAAGUAUCCCAUACAUUGACAGUCUUGUAG